AUGUCGUUUUCUAAAAGGAAACAGAAAUUCAUUUUUCAAUUUUUUCGAAAGAAAUCAAAUGUUCCACUUGAUAACAAUUCAGAUGAAGAGGACACGCCGAGUGAUGUAUCUGAAUCUAGUACGAAAUCAAGUACGAACAACGAUAGUAUUUUGAAGUCAAGCUCAAUUAGUUUAAGUAAUGACAUUGGACAUUUUGUUGGUGAUAUUCAAAUUCGAAUCGAUGAUCACACAAAAUUUCGGCUACUAAAUUCAUGGAAACCUGACCCAUCAUAUAACUUUCCAUAUUCUAUUCAUAUUAAAAAUGGCAUAGAGAGAAAACGAUAUUUAAGGUAUAACCAUUUUGAAAAUUAUUCUUGGCUUGUUUUUUCAGAAAAAUAUGCUGGUUUAUUUUGCAAGUUUUGUGUUCUUUUUUUAGUUCACAAAAACGGUGGUAAACAAAAAAAUGUACCUUUACAAAAACUUGUAACCAAACCUUUAAAAGAAUUUGCAAAGUUAUUAGGUAAAAAUGGAUGUUUAGAAACUCACAAUAGUAAUAAAUAUCAUAAAGAAGCUUCUUUAUGUUCAUCUGAUUUUUUAAAAACCUAUAUGGAACCCAGUAAAAAUGUGGCUAAUUUAGUUAUCACUGAACGUAUGAGACAAUGCAAGGAAAACAGAGAACGCCUAAAGCCCAUCAUUCAAUCAAUAAUUUUUCUGGGAAAACAGAAUAUUGCCUUGAGAGGGCAUCGUGAAAACAAUAAUCUUACAAAUACCACAUCUCACUCUUCAACUAUAAAUCAGGGUAAUUUUCUUGAACUAUUAAAAUUUAGAAUAUCUGCUGGAGAUCAAACAUUAGAAAAUCAUCUUAAAACCACUCAUUCUAAGGCAACUUAUUUAUCACAUUCUAUUCAAGAAGAAAUUAUUCAAUGUUGCCGUUAUGAAAUCAUUUCUUUUAUUUUGAAAGAAGUAAAAAAUAGUAGAUAUUUUAGUAUCAUAUUUGAUGAAACAACAGAUAUUAGUAAUAUUUCACAGAUGAGCCUUUCUCUUAGAUAUAUUGAUAGUAAUCACAGAGUUCAAGAAAAAUUUAUCAAUUUUCUUGAUUGUCAUGAAUAUGUGUAUGGACAAGGUAAACGUAGAGCGAUCAUGUCAACUAAUAACAUUGACCAUGAAUCAGAUGAUAAUUUAUGUGAUUUUGAUCCCACUAAAAAACUAGAACCAAAACUAUCUGGGGAAAUAUUAGGUGAUACUGUAGUUUCUAUAUUAAAAGAAAUGUCUAUAGAACUUAAUGACUGUGUAGGAAUUGGCACUGACGGUUGUACGGUUAUGACUUCAACAAUACAUGGAGCGGUUCAACAAAUUAAAAAAUCUGCAAACAACGCUAUUCAUAGUCCUUGUUCCAAUCAUUCACUGAACCUUUCCAUAUCUAAAUCAUCAAAUGUGCAAUCAGUGAGAAAUAGACAAAAUCGUACUUUAACAAGUCUUUGUGAAACGAGGUGGAUCGAACGACAUGAUAGUGUAAUUCAAUUUCAAAUAUGUUUACCAGAAAUCAUUGAGUCCCUAGAGGCUAUUUCUGAAUGGAAUGAUCUUACUUCUUCAACCAAAUCCAAAAUACUAUUGACUGCAAUUGUAAGUUUACCAGCUAGCCGAGCUUUACAAGGUGUUGAACAGGAUGUAGUUGCUGCAUUUGAUUGUAUCAAAUCUGUCAUCAAUAAUCUUAGUGUAAAAAGAAAAAAUUGUGAAGAUGUAUUUAAAGUAUACACAUUCAUAAUAAUUUUAUUUUUAGAAUUUGAACCUCCAAAAACUGUAUGGGCAUCAUUAGAUAAUUGUUCGCCAAUAAUAUUUCCAACAAUUCACAACAUUCUACUGAUAUUAGGGACCCUGCCUGUAAGUGUUGCUACAGCUGAACGCAGCUUUUCCACUCUUCGCAGAUUAAAAACAUGGUUGCGGUCACAAAUGGGUCAAGAUAGACUAGUAGGGCUAGCGCUACUUAAUGUUCAUAGAGAGUACAAUAUAUCAGUAGAAAAUAUAAUUAGUCGAUUUGCAUCAAUGAAGAGAAGAAAUUUAGAUUUUGUAUUGUAG